AUGGAGGCCUUGAGGGAGCUCUGCUCUGCACUGACAUCAGCUGGGGGAGACCCCGAUGUGGGUCUGGGCAGGUUCCCCUCAUCUUGUCUGGAUGCUCAGGAAGGUUCUUUGGGGGCCCCACCCAAAUGGACAGAUUCUGCAAGACCCAAGGGUACCUCUAAACAGGAGCAUAGUGAGCUUGGCAAGCCUGAGGGAGACCAUCGGGAGCCAAGAGUGGGCCCCAGCCUGCAGAGUGAGCCUCUCCUGCAGCUCCAGGCUGCUGAUGGCCAAGACGUCACGUCACUUUCGUCCUUUCCCUCCACCUCCUUGAGGUUCUCUUUGGUGCUCCAGGACACCAUAGAGGAUGAGGCUGCUGCUGGUGCCCUAAGUGCUCCCCAAAGCCCUGCCACUUCCGGCCCCAUCCCCAGGGUUGUGGUAGCUUCUCUGUGCAGCUCAUCCGAGGAGGAGUCGGGCAACUUGCCGGUGCCAGCAGAAGGCCAGGCCCCGCCCCAGGCAUCGCCCCCCGAGAUGUCUAACCUGGUGUGCUUCCUGCUGCUCAAAUAUUGCAGGAAGGAAACAACCAGCAAGGCUGAGAUGCUGAGGGAAGUCCUGGGCAAUGACCAGAAGCACUUCCCCAGCGUCUUCAGCGAAGCCUGUAAGUGCAUGCAGCUGGUCUUUGGCAUAGAUGUGACCGAAGCAGAGCCCGGUGGUGAUACCUAUGGCCUGACCACCACCCUGGGGCUCACCUACGACGGGCUGACCAGCCCUGAGCAGACCAUGCCCAAGACGGGUCUGCUGGUCAUCGUCCUGGGCGUGAUCCUCCUGGGUGGCGACUGCGCCUCCGAGGCGCACAUGUGGGAAGCUCUGAGUAUGAUGGGGCUGUAUGUGGGGAGCAAGCACGUCAUCUUUGGGGAGCCCAGAGAGCUCCUCACCGAAGUAUGGGUGCAGGAGCAGUACCUGGAGUACCGGCAGGUGCCCAAUAGUGAUCCCGCCCAGUUUGAGUUCCUGUGGGGCGCCCGGGCUCACGCCGAGACCAACAAGAUGGAAGUCCUGGCGCGAUUCCUCAAGAUCAAUAGCUUAAAUUCCAAUUCCUUCCUUCCCGUGCCUCAAGAGGCUAGGGAAAAGGAGCAGGAGGAGGCCUGA